AUGAAGUGCGGGUCCCAACCAAGUGAUGUGCUGGAUGCAGUCAUUGGGUCUCUUUCCUCCGGGCUUCUUUCCCUCUUCACCCUCCAGCUCUUCUCCAGGUUCCUCACCUUCGGGCUGAACAUCGUUAUCGCGAGAUCUGUGGACAAGAGCUCGUAUGGGAUCGGAGCUGUGAAGCUUCAGCUUCUUUAUGAUACAGUCCUCUCCCUGUCCAGGGAAGGUUUUCGUGAUGCUUGCCAGAGGACCUCUCCCUCAGCGUGGAAGGACAGCAAGGAGCGAGCUCAAAUCCUCUCCGUGGCAUGGCUUGCGAUUCCUCUCUCUCUCCUCGUCGGAGCAGCCGUCCUGUUCGCGUCCAACGUCCUGGACGCGAGUCAGAGGAGCGAGCACGAAAGCUACCACCUCAUCGCCAGCAUGUUCGUCUUGGCCGCUGCUUUCGAGAUGCUCAGCGAGCCUCUCUACAUCCUCGCGCAGAAUCUCUUCCUCAUCAAGCUGCGUGCUCGCACCGAGAUGCUUGCUCUGACGGUCAAGGUCGUGUUGACCGCCGCCAUGGUCAUGGCAGACCCAGCUCGUCCCCUGCGGGCGUUCGCGGCCGGGCAGAUCUCGUAUGCUCUCAGCAUCUUCGGCUGCCUCUUCGCCUUCUUUGCAAUGAGCCGGGAGGGGGUCGGGCUGUCGGAGACCGUCGGGGUCGUCAGUGGAUCCUUGUUCUUCAGCUCCUUCAGUCAGUUGGACUUGCAGCUUGCUGGCCUUGCGGCGACCAUGUGCAUGAAAUCGCUCCAGAAGUACCUCAUGGAGAAGGGGGAGACGUUGAUCCUGCUAGGGCUCUUCGAGUCUCAGACGUGGGCCAUGUACGGCAUCGUGCAGGAAGUCACUGACAGGACGAGGAAGAACUUGGGGUCGCUCGCUGUGAGGCUUGUCUUCCUCCCCCUUGAGGAGAUGGCACAGCUCGCAUUCAGCAAGCUGCUGAGCUCGAAGGACUUCGAUGAGGCGCUUGAGGUUUUCUCCGUCCUCUCCCAGCUCGUUGUUUUCAUUGGACUGCUCGUCGCUUCCUUCGGCCAGGGCUACUCCUUUGCGUCUGGCGUCCCUUCCUCAGGAAGACUCCAGCUCACUGCCCAGCAGGCUGGUCCACAUCCUCUACGGAGUCAAAUGGAGCAGUACGGACAUGCCCGGCAUCCUGGGGUGGUACAGGUCGAGCAUGUGCCUUGCCGGUCAGCGUCUGAGGGAGCGCAGGAGUGA